GCUUCACUGGAUUCCACUGUUCAGACAGGACAUGGUGGUGAUUGGCAAGAAGAGGUCUUUCAAAAGAUCAAAUCCAUGAAGGAUAUGUACUUGGGUGAAAUGAAUGACAUGUACCUGAAGAUCACUGCAAAGUUGCAGCAGCAUGAAUCUAUGCAACAACAGUCAAGGUCGGAGCAGUUAGACAAGUUGAAAAUUUUCAAGGCCAUGUUGGAACGUAUUUUAGGUUUUAUAUCAGUUUCCUCCAAAGAGAACAUUACCCCCCAACACAGGGAAAAAUGGAGUUCUUUUGAGAAGCAGAUAGUGCAUUUUUCAUCUUCAAAUAGGCCCAGGAAGCCUGCUCAGCAAGGACAACUUCCUGUACCUCAUAUGCAACCCAUUCCACAGCCACAGUCUCAGCUCUCUCAAGUACAGUCUCAUGAUAAUCAAAUGAACCCUCAGUUGCAGUCAGUGAACAUGCAAGGUUCUAUGCAAACAAUGCAACAGAACAACUUGUCAAAUUUGCAGCAUAAUUCUCUGACGUCUUUGCCUGGGGUUUCAUCAGCACAGCAGAGUAUAUUAAGUUCACUGCAGCCAAGUUCGAACAUGGAUUUGGGUCAAGGAGCUGCUCUGAGCACACUGCAGCAGGUUGCUGCGGGGUCUCUGCAACAAAUUCCUGUUAGUGCUCCCCAACAACCAAACAUUAACACUCUGUCAUCACAAAGUGGAGUGAAUGUUCUACAGCCAAAUAUAAAUCCUCUUCAGCCAAAUCCUAACAUGCUUCAGCCCCAGCAUCUCAAACAAGAACAGCCAAUGCUUCAAUCACAACAGCUCAAACAUUUGCAACAGCGGCAGAUGCAGCACCCCCACCAGCACUUUAUACAGAAACAGCAGCUACUGCAGCAGCAGCAGUUACAAGCAAAGCAGCAGAUGCCUGCACAGUUGCAAACACACCAAAUGUCACAGCUGCAUCAAAUGAAUGAUGUAAAUGAUAUUAAGAUGAGACAAGGGAUGGGUGUCAAGCCAGGGGUCUUUCAACAGCAUCCAACAGGCCAGCGUCCAGCUUAUCCCCAUCAACAGUUAAAAGCAGGUUCUCAGUUUCCUAUUUCUUCACCUCAACUACUCCAGUCUGCAUCUCCUCAAAUGCCUCAACAUUCUUCUCCCCAAGUUGAUCAGCAAAGUCUGUUAUCAUCCAUUACAAAAACUGGAACCCCAUUGCAAUCUGCAAGCUCUCCUUUUGUUGUCCCAUCUCCCUCUACUCCCAUGGCUCCAUCUCCUAUGCCUGGCGAUUCUGAGAAACCUACUUCUGGCACUUCCUCACUUACAAAUACUGGAAAUAUUGGACACCAACCAGCAACUGCAGUUCAGGUGGGGACACAGUCCCUUGCAAUUGGCACUCCUGGGAUGUCAGCUUCACCAUUGCUGGCAGAGUUCACAGGUAGUGAUGCCACACAUGGUCAUACUUUGCCAACUGUUUCUGGCAAGUCAACUGUUAUGGAGCAGCCUCUUGAUCGCUUAAUUAAAUCGGUAAAAUCCUUGUCUCCUAAGGCAUUGAGUGCAUCUGUCAGUGAUAUUGGUUCAGUUGUCAGUAUGAUUGAUAGGAUUGCAGGGUCUGCCCCAGGUAAUGGGUCUAGAGCUGCAGUUGGUGAGGAUUUAGUUGCCAUGACCAAAUGUCGUCUGCAAGCAAGAAAUUUUAUCACACAAGAUGGAAUGGCUGGGACAAAGAAAAUGAGACGCUACACGAGUGCCAUGCCCUUAAAUGUUGUGUCAUCAGCAGGCAGCAUGAAUGAUAGUUUUAAACAAUUGACUGGUUCAGAGACUUCUGAUUUGGAGUCAACUGCAACAUCUAGCAUCAAGAGGCCAAGAGUUGAGGUUAAUCAUGCCCUUUUGGAAGAAAUAAGAGAAAUUAAUCAGAGACUAAUAGACACAGUGGUCGAUAUCAGUGAUGAAGAUGUUGAUCCAACUGCAGCAGCUGAAGGGGGUGAAGGAACUGUUGUCAAGUGUUCUUUCAGUGCUGUGGCUCUUAGUCCAAACUUGAAAUUGCAGUAUGCUUCAGCACAUAUGUCACCAAUUCAACCCUUGCGGUUGCUGGUUCCCACAAAUUACCCAAAUUGUUCCCCAAUACUAUUGGACAAAUUUCCUGUUGAACUAAGUAAGGAGUACGAAGACCUUUCAGUGAAAGCAAAGUCGAGGUUUAGUAUAUCGCUACGAAGUCUAUCACAACCUAUGUCACUUGGAGAGAUUGCAAGGACUUGGGAUGUUUGUGCCCGUGCUGUUAUCUCUGAGUAUGCACAACAGAGUGGUGGAGGAAGCUUCAGCUCUAAAUAUGGUACUUGGGAGAACUGCUUGAGCGCUGCCUAGUGCUGUUAUUGGAGUUGUUUUGAUACAGUGUACCUAUAAUCAUUCACAAACCGAAGCAGUUUUUGGAUAUUAACUCAGGAAUAUUAUCCAGAAAAGGGAAAAGAAAAAGUUCAUACAUGUGUGAGACUACUCGGAGAAGUUUGUCAGCUUGAAUAUUUGCUCCGUAACAGUCACUUCGUAUUUUGUUAUUGUCGCUUGUAAAAAUGGAAGCAUCUGCCUGAGACAUGUUUGAACACGUAGACAACUAUUGUGAGUCUCGAGUAAUUAUGCUACGAUUCUCAUCAGCAUGUUUGUAACAGCUAAAUUUAUUAGAACGAUCUGUACACAGUAAAUGGGAAACUUCGAAAUAUGAAUAUGCUGCAUUUGUUUUUAAAUAAUUUGAUUGGUGUAUU